AUGGUUCUGGCGCUGCGGAGCAUGGCAGGCAACACGAUCGUGCUCUGGGUUGCUGCCGCCUGCAGCCUGCAGCUCUUCUGCUCCUCGCUCUCGGGGGUCAAAGCAAUCGGCGUCAACUACGGCAUGAUCGGCAGCGACCUCCCGUCCCCGGACAAGGUGGUGGCGCUGUACAAGUCCCGCAACAUCACCGACGUCCGGCUCUUCCACCCGGACACCUCCGUCCUCGAGGCCCUCCGCGGCUCGGGCCUCGGCGUCGUCCUCGGCACUCUCAACGAGCACCUCGCCCCGCUCGCCUCCGACGCCGCCUUCGCUGCGUCCUGGGUCCAAUCCUACGUGCAGCCCUUCGCCGGCUCCGUGCAAUUCCGCUACAUCAACGCCGGCAACGAGGUCAUCCCGGGGGAGUCCGCCGCGCUCGUGCUCCCCGCCAUGCAGAACCUCGAGGCCGCGCUCCAGGCCGCGGGGCUCAGCAGUGUGCCGGUAACAACCGCCGUGGCGACGUCCGUGCUGGGUUCCUCGUACCCGCCGUCGCAGGGCGCCUUCUCCGAGGCGGCGCUGCCGGCGGUCGAGCCGAUCCUCUCCUUCCUCAAGUCGAGGGGCACGCCGCUGCUGGUGAACGUGUACCCGUACUUCGCCUACUCGGCCGACCCGUCGUCGGUGCCGCUCGACUACGCGCUACUGUCAUCGUCGGCCACCGUCGCCGUGACGGACAACGGGGUGGAGUACGCCAACAUGUUCGACGCCAUCCUCGACGCGGUGUACGCGGCGGUGGAGAAGGCGGGAGGUGGGGAGAGCCUCGAGCUGGUGGUGUCCGAGACCGGGUGGCCGUCGGGCGGCGGCGGGUAUGGCGCCAGCGUGGAGAACGCGGCGGCCUAUGUCAACAACCUGGUCCGGCACGUCGGCCGCGGCACGCCGAGGCGGCCAGGGAAGGCCGUGGAGACGUACAUCUUCGCCAUCUUCAACGAGAACCAGAAGCCCGAGGGCGUGGAGCGGAACUUUGGGCUCUUCCAGCCGGACAUGAGCGAGGUCUACCACGUCGACUUCUCGGCGGCUUCUUCCUAGACGACGACGGCCCGGCCCGGCCGGCUGCUGCAUGGAUCAUAUGUAUAGCGAUCGUUCUCUAGUUAGGAGUUUAUAGGAGUUAAUUACAGUACCGCUGCUUAUUUUGGAGU